GUAAAAAAAAUUAACUACAUACGUAUCGUCCUUACUGUUCAUUCUUCAUUAUUUAUAUAGUCGUUGACCUCUAAUACUAAAAUUAUUUUUCAUUUGAAAAAUAUUAAUAAUAUUGAUUUUUUUAAUCUUUUAAAUUCAAACGAUCUCUUUCAAAACUUUCCCCUAAUAUUAAGUACCUACUAAUCAUGGCUUCCAUGGGCAAGAAAUUAUUUGAACAACUCAAAAGUAAAGAAUUCCGUACUUAUUUAAUGAGUACUCACUUUUGGGGUCCAAUAGCUAAUUGGGGUAUACCUAUAGCUGCAUUAUCAGACAUUCAGAAAGAUCCGGAAUUAAUAAGUGGCAAAAUGACUGGAGCCUUGUGUUUAUAUUCAAUAGCAUUCAUGAGGUUUGCAUGGAAAGUUAAACCACGAAAUAUGCUUUUAUUUGCAUGCCAUGCCACAAACGAAGUUGCUCAAGUGAUCCAAUUUUCAAGAUUUGUAACUUAUAAUUAUUUAUCUAAAAAAGAAUGAAAUAUUAUAAAUAUUCCAAUUUUUUUUUUAUUAUUUCCGUAU